CACUGGUCGACGGAAAUGAUCAAUGAUUCCCGAAGCCAGCCUUCGGCGAGGCGUUUUCUACAGGAACCCGAGCGCUCGGCGAAGAGGUGCCAUUAAAUAAUAGAUGACCAUAAUCUUCGGAUUGAUCCAGGCUGUGGAGACACUUGCAUGCACUAUUUCGCGUGCAACAGAACGCGCGACGCACGAGGAUUACGACAGCACGCACCAGCAAUUGCUGUAUGAAAUCGAGCUCUUCACGCGGCCAUGUGCAGACGGUAUGACGUAAUAGCCAGCCACUCAGCCACCUAAACCAUGCACGCUCUCGCCCUCUUGCCGCAGAGACUGAAGCCCAAACGCCAAGGAUCACGACACCAAGUAGCGCCAGAAACCUCAAAACGAGGCUUUUCCUCAGCUAGAUAUGGCUCCAUGUCAUCGUCGAUAUCACUGCGCAUGCUCACGUGCACUGGGCGGAAGAGUAGUGAUGUCGACGAAAACAAGAUGAAAGUUUCAGAUAUCGACGCAUUGGAGCCUUUUGAUGGAGUUGCCGACAUUUUGAAGAGUAGUCCAGUUUCUAUUAGCCGAACUGUGUACCAGCGCGCAUGCGCACGACUCCAACUCGUUCCGUCCAGACACGUCUAUUGUCGUCUAGAACAAACGGAAAUACACUUACCGAACUGCUUUCUGGGAGCUAGGGAGGUGAAGGCCAUUGCCAUAGCUUUAGUUCAUAACAAUACCGUCCAUACCCUUGACCUUCACGGAAAUGACCUUGGACCGAAGGGACUUACCUUCAUCGUUGAGAUGUUACAAGAAAACAGGACAAUAAUUGACCUGAACCUAUCGGGUACAUCUCUAAGAGAAGGCGGCGCUGAAAUAAUAGCGAAUGGACUGGUGAAAAACACGUCUAUUGUGAAACUGAACAUUUCAGAUAAUGAUUUCCAGGAAAACGACGCCUUGUAUGUUAGUGAAUUUAUGCAGAAAUCCAAGACCCUGCGAGAGCUCAAUCUAAGUCACAACUGCUUCAGGGAGGAGGCUGGUGUCCUUAUCGGGAAAGCAAUAGCUGUGAACUGCUCUUUGCGGACCUUGGACCUAAGCUGGAACCAUCUCAGAUUAAUCGGUGCUGAAGCCAUAUGCCGAGGAUUAAAAGUAAACCGGAGCCUUAUUAGAUUAUUUCUGUCUUGGAACGGUUUCGGCAUUGAGGGCUGUUACGAGAUGAGCAAAGCACUCCGGGAGAACAAGACCCUCAUAGAGCUCGACCUCAGCGCCAAUAGGGUUAACAUCAUGGCCUUCAGGGUGCUGCUUCGCGGGCUGCUCCACAACAACACGCUGCGAGUCCUCAAGAUCGGCGUGAACCCGAUCACCACUGAUGGAGCGAUUUCCAUACUACACGCGAUGGAUGAGGAUGAUGCUACGGCUCUCAUUGAACUCGACUUGUCGGAUGUCUCUGUAGACGAAGACUUCCUGCAGCUUCUGAAGCGAGUUCAAACGAACCGCCCUCUCCAGGUGAAAUACGGCGUGGCGUUACGUCAUGAUGACAUCAAGCGAGGGGGCGGGGACUCGGUUGUCCUGGAUACGGACGACCCGGCGUCGCUGCUGUUUGAGUACAUGCGGAAGAAGAACCUGCGGCUCAUCGAUCUUCUGAGCAGUCUGGACAAAGACAACAGCUUGUCUCUGGACAGGGAGGAGCUCAGGACGGGGCUGCUGAACCAUGACAUUCCUCUAAGUUCCCGGUCCAUGGACAUAAUGAUGACGAAACUGGACAGAAACCAAGAUGGAUUUGUCGACUACGAAGAACUCGCCACUGCGUUGAAGGAGUAUACUCGACGACUUUCGAAACGCCAGAAAAAGUUUGGAAAGAAAUCUUUACCCGUUAUCGACCAACUGGAAAACCUGAGACAGAAAAUCCGUUUACGUCUGGAAAGCAGCGGCGAACAAGAAGAAAGUCACGGCAGAGAAUGGCACAUCUAGGGAAAUGAGCGAAACCAAUGAUUGGUUUCUUCACCAGAUGAUAUAUUUUAAUUAUGAAACAUCACACAACUGGAAUAAUGGAUUGCAGAUGGCGUUUUUAUGAAGGAAUAUAUGUCGUAAAGAAUUGGAAAGCAAGACCACACAAAAUUAAAAUAUUUGUUAAAGAUGAAACAUUAUGAUUCCCAUACUGAGUUACCAUUGUUUGUGACAACUGACAACAGUAUAUACAAUUAAUAUAUAUUGUAUAAUUAUUGUUACUGUAGUAAUACAUUUUGUUUGACAUCUUCCAUAUAUAUGUUAAUACUUCAAACAUUAUUCUUACUCACUGGUGUCUAACAUUUUAUUUGUAAAUACAUUUGUAAUAACAUCUUAUUGCAGUGUUUUCUAAUAACUACACUAUGUUUAAUACACAUUACACUGUGUUUUGUAACAACUACACUAGGUUUAAUGCACAUUACACUGCGUUUUGUAACAACUACACUAGGUUUAAUACACAUUACACUGCGUUUUGUAACAACUACACUAGGUUUAAUGCACAUUACACUGCGUUUUGUAACAACUACACUAGGUUUAAUGCACAUUACACUGCGUUUUGUAACAACUACACUAGGUUUAAUGCACAUUACACUGCGUUUCGUAACAACUACACUAGGUUUAAUGCACAUUACACUGCGUUUUGUAACAACUACACUAGGUUUAAUGCACAUUACACUGCGUUUUGUAACAACUACACUAGGUUUAAUGCACAUUACACUGCGUUUUGUAACAACUACACUAGGUUUAAUGCACAUUACACUGCGUUUUGUAACAACUACACUAGGUUUAAUGCACAUUACACUGCGUUUUGUAACAACUACACUAGGUUUAAUGCACAUUACACUGCGUUUUGUAACAACUACACUAGGUUUAAUGCACAUUACACUGCGUUUUGUAACAACUACACUAGGUUUAAUGCACAUUACACUGCGUUUUGUAACAACUACACUAGGUUUAAUGCACAUUACACUGCGUUUUGUAACAACUACACUAGGUUUAAUGCACAUUACACUGCGUUUUGUAACAACUACACUAGGUUUAAUGCACAUUACACUGCGUUUUGUAACAACUACACUAGGUUUAAUGCACAUUACACUGCGUUUUGUAACAACUACACUAGGUUUAAUGCACAUUACACUGCGUUUUGUAACAACUACACUAGGUUUAAUGCACAUUACACUGCGUUUUGUAACAACUACACUAGGUUUAAUGCACAUUACACUGCGUUUUGUAACAACUACACUAGGUUUAAUGCACAUUACACUGCGUUUCGUAACAACUACACUAGGUUUAAUACACAUUACACUGCGUUUCGUAACAACUACACUAGGUUUAAUACACAUUACACUGCGUUUCGUAACAACUACACUAGGUUUAAUACACAUUACACUGUAUUUUGUAACAAAAAUAGUCCACAUUUCUAUAUAUGAAAGUUCUGAUCCACAUUAUUCUUAAUGGAUACUCAGGAAAAAGAGAGCUAAAAAUGCCAUUCAUGUUGUUUUGAAAUUCUGUGAAUUUAAGACCUCGAAAUUUGCAUUUCAUCCUUAAACAUCCAGAGGAAAGUUUGAAGAAAAGAGCGCAGGACUGAAAAUUCCACAAAAACAUCAGCAUCGUUUUAUUUGUCAAUGUAAUGAAUCAAAACAUCCACAAUAGUGGCAUAAAUAAUUAUAAUUCAAUUAACAAAUUCAAUUCAGGAUUAUAACAGCAGUUGCUAUUUUCAUAAUUCAUCUGAUUGAGUGCCACCCAUUGCUCACCGAGUUUGGUACCUGCUAUUACGAUGCUCAAAAGUAGGUAGCUUUCGAAUUAUCGCUUUGAUUAGUGUAAUCUUUCACACACUAAUUUAAAUUGUUUACCUUGUUAAAUAUGUGAGAAAGAUGAACUCACAAAUGACAGUAAAGUACACACUAGUGGAACCACGUGUUCACCAACCAGGGCUAGCUCUGGAACCAGCCACGGUCGUCAAGUGCGAAUUUUCAAAGCAUUUGGCGAAUUUUAUUUUCACAUUUUAUUUUCAUUUGGCGAAUACAUUUUAUGUAAUAAUUGUUAUUUUGUUAGAAAAUAACUGGGUUUUUGCAAUUAUUGAAAAUUAAAUAGAUGAUUUGGCAAAUUGUUCUGCUUACCCAAAGCUAGCCCUGCUAACAUAUGAAACAUUCCUUCUGUUAUAGCUAUUCUCAACGUUUCACAUUAUUUCACUUUAUUUCACAUUAUAAUUUUUCCACAAAAAGAUGUUAUUUAUAUAAAAUUAUUACAUCUACUUUGUUAGCUUAUCAAAGGUUGUGAAAUAUAAAUCACCAAAAUUGGUCGCAAAUUAAAUAUACUAGGUUGUGAAUGCAAAUACAUUGUAUAUAGUUUUUCUUAUUUGGAACUAUGCAAAGUAAUCUUUUGUACAUAUAUUUUCUACAAACCAAAUAAGUUAAAAUUUAAACAAAUGUCCAUCAUUUCCAUUCAUUCAUUCUCUUAUUUUAUUAUCGUAAAAUAUCUAUUUUCAUAGUACACCUAUUAUCGGAAAUUUCGUGAAUUUGGUGUACUAUUUUGUAUAUACUUUUCUACAACCCACAUCAUCAUACCAACCCACAUACGUCAUACAUUUAACCAUGUUCUCAAUAAAUUUAAAAGCUUAAUAAAAAAUCUUAAUUCA